CUCUUCCAGAAUUAGUUUCCGUCAACAUGAGAGUGAAUUGGACCACUCAAUUGAUGGGCCCCAAAGUGAUAUUGGUGCCCUAUCAAGGCAAGCAUGUGCCCAAAUAUCACGAAUGGAUGAAGAGUCCACAGCUCCAAGAACUCACAGGAUCCGAGCCUUUGGAUCUGGAUGAGGAAUUCGCCAUGCAAAAAACCUGGCGGGAUAGUCCAGACAAAUGCACCUUCAUUAUCCUUCAAAAAGACCUCGGAGGACUGGAGAAUGAAAUCCAGAGCAUGGUCGGUGACACGAAUCUCUUUCUGUCGACCGACGAAGACGAUUCCACGGUGAUCAAAGCCGAGGCCGAAAUCAUGAUUGCCGAAGUUUCGGCUCGAGGUCGAAAAUUGGGUUGGGAGGCCUUGACCUUCAUGUUGCGCUACGGAGUGGAUCAGCUGAAGGUGGGCGUGUUUGAAGCCAAGAUCAAAAUGGGCAAUGAACCGAGCAUUAGGAUGUUUAGCAAGUUGCAGUUUCAAGAAAUUAGCCGUAGCGAAGUGUUCGGUGAGGUCACUUUGCAAGUGAGUGUCAACGAAAAUUGGCGGACUUUCAUCCACGACAUCACAUCAAGUUAUCAACUAACAUCUUAUUCCGGGACAAAUGAAUCAACAGAGUGACAAAAUAGGCGUUAAAGGUUUUAUUUCAGAAAAUGGGGUUGAAAAGUGGGGAUAAUGGUGCCUUAUCCCCCCAUUGGAUGUUCACGGUCUGUUCACGGCCUAUUUAAAGAUCUUGCCUUGGUUGAAUUUGAGCCCGUUCUUGUCCUCGCCUUCCCAUUUGAAAUAUUGGUCCACCAGUUUCUUGGUCUCCGCAUCCUUGGCGUCCAACUUCUUCCAGUCGUAGGAGUUGUAAUCGAUCUGCCAGUCCUCGCUCAGGU